AUGGCCGGGCUGCUGGCGCUGCUGAGCCCCGCGGGCCGGGUGGGCGCCCGGGUUCGGUGCCGCGCCACCUGGCUCCUGGGCGCCGCUGCCCCCUGUGUCCCGCCGCCGGUGUUCCUGCCGCGGCUCGGGCCCGGGCCGGACGCCCAGCUGCUGCGCGCCGCCCGCGGGAACUACCAGGGCCGCCAGGACCCCAGCAAAAUCACUGCAACCGCAGGCAGCAAUAUCAAGGGCACAGAGGAGAAAAAGCUAAGCAAGUCGCAGCAGCUGAAAAAGAUUUUUCAAGAAUAUGGUGCUGUGGGAGUGUCACUGCACAUUGGAAUCUCAUUAAUCUCCUUGGGAAUGUUUUACAUGGUUAUUUCAAGUGGUGUGGACAUGUCAACCGUCCUGCUUAAACUCGGCUUUAAAGAAUCACUGGUCCAGUCGAAAAUGGCGGCCGGCACAAGCACCUUUGUGGUGGCCUAUGCCAUCCAUAAGCUGUUCGCACCCGUGAGGAUCAGUAUUACCUUAGUUUCUGUGCCCUUGAUUGUCAGAUACUUUCGGAAAGUGGGAAUUUUUAAACCUCCAGCAGCAAAGCCUUGA